UCACUACGCUUUUCACACUACCUAGAAAUAAUUAAAUUGAGUAAUUCAAAACCUUGUUAUCUUCAGCAGAUCACAAAAAUCCGCACUGAUAACGCAAUUAGCGAUAAAACCGAUCAGUGUGAAAUAUUCCGUCUAUAAGUAAUGUGAUUCAGUGCCAACGCCGUCAGUUGACAUUCGAAAAGAGUGAAGUCGAAAUAAAACAAGUUAAUUAUUAUAAACAAAAGAGUUAACAGGAAUGAAGCGCGGCAUCUCACGGUGUGCCAUCGUAUUGGCCUGUGUAUUCUUCGUUGCAGUUCAAGGGCGAUGGGUAGAAAUUCCCGACGAUCAGCCGCGUAGAAGUGAUAAUUUUGAUAAUUCCAAUGGAAAGUUUAUUGUGAGGGACCACAAAAUCAUUAGGAAUGAUAAGCAAUUUAGAGAAGAUGGACCACCGGAUCAUACCAAAUACGCACAAAUGGCAAGAUAUAUUGUGCACAAUGCAGAAUAUGUGGCAAUGGGUACAAUCUCCACAAUUCCUCAGUUGGCAGGAUAUCCAUUCGUCAAUAUUCUUUCGACAGCCGAUGGACCACGUGGAAGAAAUGGCAAAAGUACUGGAACUCCUUACUUCUACACCACCAAAUUAGAUUUUUCAGCAGCUGACUUAUCCAAAGACAAUAGACUAACAGUUAUGAUGAGUCUUGCCCAGCAAGGAUAUUGCCAGGAACAUGACCUGGAUGCAGAGGAUCCAAGAUGUGCCAGAAUCAUGCUCUCCGGUAAGUUAGUAAGAGUUCAGAAUGGAACCGAAGAAUACGAUUUCGCAUACAACAGCUUAGCCGAGCGCCAUCCCAUCAUGAAAACUUGGCCUCAGGACCACAACUUCUUCCUGGCCAAAUUAAAAAUUGCCAGCGUCGCUGUAUUGGACUGGUUUGGAGGCCCACAUUACGUUCCAAUUGACGAAUACUAUAAAACUAGUCCUUAUGAUGAAGUAAGCAAAGGAAACGAACUCUUUGACAGCGAAGAAAUAAAAGAAAUCAAAUUUGGAGAUGAUGUUGACGAUCGCAGGGGGAUGAGGAUACAAGAAAAAAAUGGUAGAUGAAAAACUAUAUUAUUU